CCGAGCCGGGCUGAGCUGAGCCGAGCCGGGCUGAGCUGAGCCGGGUGGGUCCCGCCGGCAGCGAGGGCAAGGCGGGAUCRUUGCCAGCGGCGUGGGGGGCUCUGGCCAUGGCACAGGGCCAGGAAGGUGCCUGAGGCUGCUGGAAGGAACAGGAGGGGGCACGGGACAUGGAGCCCCCCAACAGCAGCGUGGCCAGGAGGGCGGGCUCGUGCUUCGGGGUGUUCAAUGCCAGCGACGGCCGUGCCAGCGCGCAGAGCAGCAUCGCCUCGCCCUGGUUCUCCACCGCCUUCGGCCUCAUCGGCCUCUGCUCCAACCUCUUUGCCCUCUGCGUCCUGGUCAGCUCCUCCCGCAAGCUCUCCAGCCAGGCUCGCUCCUCCUUCCUCAUCUUCCUCUGUGGACUGGUGGUCACAGACUUCAUGGGGCUGCUGGUGACAGCCUCGGUCAUCAUCCCCUACCACUUCAUCAAGUUCUCCUGGGCCACAGUGGACCCUGGCUGCCACCUCUGCAACUUCCUCGGCUUCUCCAUGGUCUUCUUCGGGCAGUGCCCACUGCUGCUGGGGGCCACCAUGGCCGGGGAGCGCUUCCUGGGCAUCAACCGCCCCUUCUCGCGCUCCACCAGCCUCUCCAAGCGCCGCGCCUGGGCCAUCGUGGGGCUCGUGUGGGGCUUCUCCUGCUUGCUGGGGCUGCUGCCGGUGCUGGGGCUGGGCCGCUACACGCUGCAGUUCCCCGGCUCCUGGUGCUUCCUCACCCUCCUGCCCGACACCGGCGACGUCGUCUUCUGCCUGCUGUUCGCGCUGCUGGGCAUCCUGUCGGUGCUGCUCUCCUUCGUCCUCAACACCGUCAGUGUGGUCACGCUCUGCCGCGUCUACCACGACCGCGAGUCGGUGCAGCGGCGCCGCGACAGCGAGGUGGAGAUGAUGGUGCAGCUCGUGGGCAUCAUGAUCAUCGCCAGCAUCUGCUGGCUGCCCCUCCUGAUUUUCAUUGUCCAGACGGCCCUGCAGCACCUGCCGGGCCAGGCACAGGCACUGUCCACGGACACGCAGGAGAUGCUGCUGAUCUACAUCCGCAUGGUCACCUGGAACCAGAUCCUGGACCCCUGGGUCUACAUCCUGUUCCGCCGGGCUGUGCUGCAGCGCGUGUACCCCCGGCUGCCCCCCCGGCCCUCCAUCGUCUCCCUCACCCCCUCCCUGCCCCGCAAGCUCACCGCCGCCUCUGUCCUGCAGUAGCAGCCCUGGGGAGGGGUGCUGGGUGGGGGGACACAGCCAAACCCCUGUCCCACCCCUGCAGAGGAUCCCCGUCACCUGCACCCAGGAGUCUUCCCCGCGCUCCCGAACCCGAU